GCUCCGCUAGAUGGUGGUGCUCAGCACGAACCAUUGUACGUGAACGCGAAGCAGUAUCAAAGAAUCAUCAAACGGCGUGCUGCACGCGCUCGUUUGGAAGAAACGGCUCGUCGCGCACGCGAGGCUGCCGCGCAGCCAAAUGGCAAUGCCCGCAAGCCGUAUUUGCAUGAGAGUAGGCAUAAGCAUGCUAUGCGGAGACCUCGAGGACCUGGUGGACGCUUUUUGACGGCGGCGGAAAUUGCG